AUGGCCGCCACCAGAGCUCGCAACGAACUCGCUGCCGCCACCGCUGCCUCUCCUACUCCCCAUCAUGUCAAGCAUGUGACAUCCAACAGCGAGGCGGAUUCGGUCGACGCCUCCUCCAACGAUCAGACCCCUGCUCGUCGCACCACCACUCGCACCCGUAAGCUCCCCAGCCGCCUCAUGCCCUCACCUUCUCCACCACCUUCGCGCCCUUCGUCCCUCUACAACGCAGCUAGGCAUGCCAAGGGUGGAAAGGACGACAGUGACAGCCCCUCGACAUCUCCAGCGGUCACUCCGGCUGCUUCAGCCGUCUCUUCGAAAUCGCGCAAAGUAGCAAAGCCAGACGCAGACGUCGCCAGCAACACCGGCUCCGACCACGAUUCCGCCGUGGACAGGGAUGAUGCAGAGGACCUUGGCCCCGGCAAGCGCAAGCGUCGUCCCAGCAGCAUGUACAGGCCGCCCUCCACGUUGACCACCGUCGAGACACCGGCCGCUCCCUCGGUCUUGUCUGCGUCCAAAUCAAAGAAGAAGGGUCGUAGCAUCAGUCCCGAAGCUUCUGCUCACAAGAGCCAGUCUCCAUCCCUCGCCGUCGCCCAGGCCAAGCACAAGAGUCGUCUCUCGAAAAGCAGCAGGUUCGAAGCUGGCACUCCUCUGUCCAGGAAAGGAGACGCAGAUGCUUUUUCCGUCUUGUCAGCGUCGCAUCGCGGCGACGGCGAUGACUCGGACGCAGAUGUCGAGGCCGGCGCUCGCACCGUCUCGAAGCGCGUUCGUAUCGGAGACGUUCACGACUCGCUGGACCUUUCGCCUCCUCCGCUGCUUCCGCGUGACGGCUCUGCUAGGAUGCAGUUGCCAAUGCACUACUCGCAGCCCACCUUCAUCCGCGGCGGACGUGUCAGUGUGUCGCCAGAGGCAUCUGCUAAAAGACCUGUCAUCUUGCCAGCGCACAAAAGGGAGACGCAACCGUCGUGGAAGCACGCCGAUAUCAUCACCUCGUCGUCCCCUGUCUCGGCUGGCCUUGCCAAGUUCGAGGGCGAUGCUGGUGCGCCCUUGACCUACGUACCUCUUCGCGAUGGCGUGCGCGGUAUGCUCGGCUUCCGAGACCUGCACGCUGCCACCCUCACGAAGCGAGCCUCGACGGAUGAGCAAGAGGCCGAUGACAUCGAGCAAGACGAGGACGAGGAGGACGAUGAGAACGACUUCCACCAAGCCAUGCUCGACGCCGACUUUGACUUCUUCGACUCGCAGCCUUCGGAUCCGUCAUCGGCCAAAUCGCUCUGGCCUGCAUCUCGACGCGGCACCACCGAGGAAGCAGAGAUGGACGACACCCCUGCCACCACCCCACGAAGCCCUCUGUCUGGAUGCGACCUCCCUUCGCCCGACAGUCCACGCUGCAAGACCGAGGAGGAGGAUGUCGCCAUGUCCAGUGUGGAGGACAAGGCUGCUUCCUUCCGCAUGGGGCGAGACUCUGUCUUCGCUCACGCUCUGCCCACCACCCAGGUGGGCGCCGACAAGCCGCAUCGGCAUGCAGGCUCGCUCACGCUGUCUCUGCCGUAUGACCCUGCUGUCGUGGCUUCGUCUCCCAAUCUUCAUGCCGUGGACCUCGGCUCGGCAGCAGCUAGCACGACCAAGCGCGGCAACUACGAGACGGGGCAGAUCGGCACGCCUGUCUUGCAGAGACGAAAGCAUGCAGGACUGCCAACUGGUCCGCACGCGUUGGCGCCGCUCAAGCUGGGCGCCGAGCUGAUGGAGCGAAGCAACUCGAACGCGCUUCCUUACAUGCAGCUCUCGCCCAUGAUCGAGAUGGAUUCGCCCUUGCUCAGUCCUGGCUUGACCUUGAGCCUGCACACCAAGGUCACCGACCUGCCCAGCCCGUUCCUCAUGGGUGUGGGACCGCUGGCGGAUCUGGAGCAGCCCGCUCCGCUCGAUCUACCUCCUGCCGAUGGCUCGACUACUCCCAAGCACUCGGUAUCCGAGGUCUUGGCCCCUGAGACGGGCACGGCCGUUGCAAAGUCAGAAGACGUCACGGUGACGCCUGCCGCCAAGCAGCCCGAGGUCAAGGCCACGGAGAGUUCGAAAGAGGCGCCCGCCAAAGCCGAGAAGCCUUCGACUCGUCGACCUGCGCUGCCACCUCCGCGCCAGAUUCGAUUCACCACCUUUACGACUCCAUCCGUCGAACCGAACGAUAACAAGCCUCAGCAACCCGAGGCGACCACAAGGACGACUCCGCUCGUCCACCCUAAGCAACAGCAGAUAACGCAGCAUCAAUUGGGUGCUGGUGCUACCGCAUCCAGCCCUAGCUCGGAUCCUACUCCUGAUCUGGUUCAGUCGGGCUCGCCUGAAUCGGCGUCGGACUCGCUCAGCCCCAUGUCGCAAUCGGACAGCGCCUCGUCGGGCGACGCCGAGGUCGAGACGAUUUUGUUCGGUCCUCCUGAGAAGCUCGACCUGCACGAGUUGGACCAUGCCUGGAACGGAUCCAAGGCUGGUCUUCAGCACGAAGCAGCACUCCGUCGAGCUGGCGCCAGUCAGGUCGGCAACGUCAGUGUCGACUCUCAGUGA